AUGUUUGGUUUCAUUGCUGACUUCAUUGCAUCUGUCACUACUGUCCUCCUUCCGGCAUAUCUAUCUUUCAAGGCUCUGCGAAUCGGAGAUCCAGCACAAAUUCAACCAUGGCUUCUCUACUUCGUGGUACUUUCUCUUGCCCUGCUUGCCGAAAGCUGGACUGUGUUCAUCAUCGGCUGGCUACCUUUCUAUUCAUGGUUUAGGCUGUUCUUUCUACUCUACCUCGUCCUGCCCCAGACACAGGGUGCAAAGCUUCUCUACUUAACCUAUCUCGAACCAUUCAUUUCACAUCAUGAAAGGCAGAUUGACGAUUUUAUUGGACAAACACAUCGACGACUUGAACAGAUGGGAUUGGGUUAUAUGAACAUCCUUGUGGAGUGGAUUCGUGAAAAGAUAUUGGGACAGGCUUCACCACAGCCACAUGCUGCUAGUGCUAUCCCACCAGGUGCACAGGGUUACGCAAGCUAUGCUACCGAUCUAUUGUCACGAUUUGCUAUGCCAGCUGCAAGAGCUCAGGCUGCACCUUCCGUUGCAGGCAACUCAGGAGCUGUCCUCAAUAUUCUCUCAGCUGCCGCUGGUGCGGCUCUGUCUGCUGCCAAUACUGGAUCGUCCCGUUCGAUGCCUGUCUCUGCUCAAGCUGCUAAUAUCCCUGACUCCUUGCUUUCCGGCCUCAGCAGCAUGUCUAACGAGCAGAAGGCAUCCUUUAUUGGUACACAACGUGAUAGGUUGAAUGGUAUGCUCAAGGCGCUGGACCGAGAACAGCAAACCCUAGAUCUAGCUUAUGGUGACUCAAGACCUUCAAACUCUCGACGGUCACCCUCGUCUCAAGGCGGCGAAUUCGCGAAAUCACGCUCACAGAUGUCUUUUGACAACAUUGACUACGACGAUCUCCAUUCGGUCGGUGGUAGUGGCAGUGGAUACCCCAGUCAGCACUCUACUCCACCAACUAUGCGACAAACCUCGGGCCAGGAUCGCAGGUCAACUUCGAGCAACUGGGUUGCAGACAGUCUCGGCAAUUGGUUAGGUGGUAGUCCGCGAGAGGGCACUUACAGAGACAGAGACGAAUACGACAGACGAGAUAGGGAAGAUCGGGACAUGCCCAGAGAACGUCGAAGCCCCAGAUAUGGUGAAGGUGCUCCCGUCGAUGAUGAUGGCUACCACACGGGCUGGUCAACAGCAAGAAACAUAACUGAGUCUAUAGCCAGAAGCGCUCGAGAUUCAGGACGCACCAGAGAUCAGUACGACUAA